AUGGACAUUUUUGGAUUGAAAUGGAGUAUUGUUCUCGCCGAAGUUGGCUAUAUUCUAUUUAUUGUCGCUAAUAUUCGUCCUUUACCUUCACUUAUGUACAUUAGUGCAGCUUUUGUCGGCCUUGCUGCUGCUCCAUUAUGGACAGCUCAAGCAACCUAUCUUAGUCAAAUUGCUCGUCUAUACGCGCAAGCAAAGCAUCAAAUGACUGACGUGGUUGUUAGUCUAUUUUUUGGUAUAUUCUUUGCUUGUGUUGGUACCAGUGCCAUUUGGGGCAAUUUAAUUUCAUACUUUGUACUAAAUCAAUCGAACUAUCCACAAAAACUCAACUGUGGUGUCUAUUUCGAUCCACAAGCAGCCGUAACUGUGAACAUGACGAGCAAUGUUAGCGAGAAAACGCGUUAUAUUCUAUGUGGAAUAUUCUCUGGUUUGGGCAUCCUCUCCAUUAUACUUUUGGUGUUUAUGCUUGAUCAAAUUCGACUCAACCAAAAACAGCCCGUUCAACAAUCAUUGAAAAAGUGUAUUGAAGUGCUUCAAUCCUUCACUCGAUGGAAAAGCGUAGAUCAAUUUUUUCUGAUUCCACUUACAAUGUGGACUCUCAUCGAGAACUCUUUUUUUACAGCACAAUUUACUCGAGGAUUUGUCAAUUGUCUCAUCGGUAUUCGCUAUGUUGGUCUAGUCAUGAUGUGCCACGGGAUAUGUGAUGUAAUAGGCAGUUAUCUCUUUGGUCAUCUUGUCAAAUGUGUAGGCCGAAAAGGAUGUUUCAUCAUAGCAGCCGCACUCAAUUAUGCAAUGAUUGUUCUGAUGUUUCUCUGGCAACCAGAUGAUAGUCAAAUGAUCAUUCUUUUUGUUAUCGCCGGUUGUUGGGGCGCAGCAGAUGCUGUCUGGCAGUCCCAAGUCAUCGCCACUUACACGGUUCUAUAUUCUGAAAGUGAUCCAAGUGUUGUGGCGAAAUAUCGUCUUUGGAAAUCUGUCGGCUCUCUUAUUUCACUCAGCUAUGCUAGCUACAUAACAAUCUAUCUCACACUCAUUCUUCUUCUCGUCUAUCUGACAGUGAGUAUGAUUUGUUAUGGUAUCCUCGAAACUUAUCUUCGAUGUAAAGACUAUCGAAAGAAACAGGACAAUCUGAUUAACUAA